AUGUUUGAUUAUUAUAAGACACUCCCCGUUAUUAGCGAUAUAGAAAAACUGACUUUUUCUUCUUUGUAUUCUUCUUCGUUGUAUUCUCCAUUGUAUAUUUCUUCGUCUCCGUUUUCUUUUCAUUCUUCUUCUUAUUCUUUUUCGUCCUUUUCUUCGUCUCCGUUUUCGUCUUCAUUUUCUUCUUGUUUUUCAUCUUCUAUUCCUUCUUCUUCUUUCUAUUUUUCUUCUUCUUCGUCUAAUUUUUAUUUUUAUUCUUCGUCUUCUUUUUCGUCUUCUUCGUCUUCAUUUUCGUCUUCUUUUUCGUCUUUUGCUCCUUCUUCUUCUUCUCUGUUGUAUUCUUUUUAUCGUCUUCUUCUUCUUCUUCUUCCUAUUCUUUUUCGUCUUCUUCUUUGUCUUCUUUUACGUCUCCUUUCUAUUCUUCUUUUAUUCGUUUUCUUUUCUUCUUUGUAUUCUUCUUCGUAUUUUUUCCUCGUUUUCUUCUUCGCAUUCUUUUUCUUCUUCUUUGUAAUUUUCUUCGUAUUCUUUUUCGUCGAAUUCUUCUUUGUAUUCUUUUUCUUCUUCUAUCUCUUUUUCUUCAUUUUAUUCCUCUUCUUCGCAUUCUUUUUCUUCUUCAUCUUCUUUGUAAUCUUCUUUUUCAUAUUCUUUUUCCUCGUCAUCUUCUUCCUCGUAAUUUUUUCCUCCUUUGUGUUCUUCGUCUUUUUAUUCUUCUUCAUAUUCUUUAGCGUCUUCAUCUUCGUUGUCUUCUUGUUUGUCUUCUAUUCCUUCUACUUCUUUGUAUUUUUCUUCUUCUUUGUAUUCUUUUUUUUUGUAUUUUAUUUCGUCUUCUGUUUUGUUUUCUUCUUCGUUUUCUUCUUUUUCUCCAUCUUUUGUCGUCUACGUUUUUUUCGUCUUCUUUUUUGUCUUCUUUUUCGUUUUCUUUUUCUUUUUAUACUUCUUCGUAUUCUUUUUCAUCUCCUUCUUUGUAUUUUCUUUCUACUUCUUCUUUGUAUUCUUCUUCGUCUUCCUCUUCUUCUCUGUAUUCUUUUUCUUCGUCUUUUUUCGUCUUCUUAUUCUUCUUCUUCAGAACAUGAUUGUUAUCCUUUGUAG